GUGUAUCUCAAUUCAUCUUGGUCAAGCCGGUGUCCAGAUUGGUAAUGCUUGCUGGGAACUCUACUGUCUAGAGCACGGUAUCCAGCCUGAUGGACAGAUGCCUUCUGACAAGACCAUCGGAGGUGGUGAUGACUCGUUCAACACGUUCUUCAGUGAGACUGGAGCCGGAAAACACGUUCCUCGAGCUGUGUUCCUUGACUUGGAGCCAACUGUUGUUGAUGAAGUGAGGACUGGAACCUACAGACAGCUCUUCCAUCCUGAGCAGCUCAUUACAGGAAAGGAAGAUGCAGCAAACAACUACGCUCGAGGCCACUACACCGUUGGAAAAGAAAUUGUUGACCUUUGCCUUGACAGAAUCAGGAAGCUGGCUGAUCAGUGCACUGGUCUCCAAGGAUUCCUUGUCUUCCACUCUUUCGGUGGAGGCACUGGAUCUGGGUUCACCUCCCUCCUCCUGGAGAGACUCAGUGUAGACUACGGCAAGAAGAGCAAACUUGAGUUUGCUAUCUACCCUGCUCCCCAGAUUUCGACGGCUGUGGUUGAACCAUACAACUCUAUCCUGACCACUCACACCACCCUCGAGCACUCAGACUGUGCCUUCAUGGUCGACAACGAGGCCAUUUACGACGUCUGCCGGCGUAACCUUGACAUUGAGCGACCAACUUACACCAACUUGAACAGACUGAUGGGACAGAUUGUCUCCUCCAUCACUGCUUCUCUCCGAUUUGACGGUGCUCUGAAUGUUGAUCUAACUGAGUUCCAGACCAACUUGGUGCCCUACCCCAGGAUCCACUUCCCUCUGGCCACUUAUGCUCCAGUAAUCUCAGCUGAGAAGGCUUACCACGAGCAGCUUUCUGUUUCAGAGAUCACCAACGCCUGCUUCGAGCCUGCUAACCAGAUGGUAAAAUGUGACCCUAGACACGGCAAAUAUAUGGCUUGCUGUCUUCUCUUCCGGGGAGAUGUUGUCCCAAAAGAUGUCAACGCUGCUAUUGCCACCAUCAAGACCAAGAGAACCAUCCAGUUCGUCGACUGGUGUCCCACCGGGUUCAAAGUUGGCAUCAACUACCAGCCACCAACUGUUGUUCCUGGAGGAGAUCUGGCUAAGGUCCAGAGAGCAGUGUGCAUGUUGUCUAACACCACUGCCAUCGCUGAGGCCUGGGCUCGUCUAGACCACAAGUUCGAUCUGAUGUACGCCAAGAGAGCCUUUGUCCACUGGUACGUAGGAGAGGGUAUGGAGGAGGGAGAGUUCUCCGAAGCUAGAGAGGAUCUAGCUGCUCUGGAGAAGGAUUACGAGGAGGUUGGUAUCGACUCUGUUGAUGGCGAGGGAGAGGAGGAGGAUGAAGAAUAUUAGACCAAAUAGAGUUGGACUGUAUGGCUGUGCUAUAAUAUGAUCUCAUAAUGAAGUGUUUAUUUUUAAGACUACUCGAAAUCAUUAGAUUUUGGAAUUGGAGCUGUUUUAUUUACUUAUAAUAUGUAUUCUGUAUCAGUAUAUUGUAAAGUUUACAAAGAUUUGUUUAUUUAUUGUAUAAUUUUCCCGCUAGC